CCAGGCAAAUGGGUAAUGCAGUGCAAUCACUUUCCACUAGAAAACCAUUCAGCAUUUUCUAAACAGUUAAAACAAUACAGGGUGCCCCACAAUAAGGCCAGCUUUCACACAGACAGCAGGGACAGCUCUGGAGAAGGGUGGUGCUACAACAGGGAAUACACAAUAGAGAACUCUGCAAUAGAUAUAUACAGCUUUCUACAUGCUGUGCUACUCCAGGACGAGGGCUCCACCUGUAUGCCUGUAACAAAUGCAUACCACAUAACAUUCUCAGGCAUCAGUGAGGGACUGGAAGACAACGAGAAACCAGCUGCGCUGCAGGCUCACAAGUACCAUGCUGCCCCGCUGUGAAGCCAGUGUGUGCCAUGUGCUUAUGCUGGUGCUGUGUCUGUCUGCGGCUGAGGACUUCGACUGGACAAAGAACAACCACGGUGCCUUCUAUUAUGGCACUUUUCCAGCUGGAUUUUCAUGGGGUGCCGGAAGUUCAGCGUAUCAAACAGAAGGAGCCUGGGACAAAGAUGGAAAAGGACUGAGCAUCUGGGACGUUUUUAGCCACAAGAAAGGCAAAAUCCUACUCAAUGAAACUGGGGAUUCUUCCUGCGAGGGCUACUACAAAAUCAAGGAUGAUGUUUCUCUUAUAAAGGAACUGAAGCUUAAUCACUACCGUUUCUCCAUCUCUUGGCCAAGACUGAUUCCUACUGGCAUAAAGUCUGAUCAUAUCAAUGAAAAGGGAAUACAGUACUAUGACCAACUGAUUGACCACCUGCUGGAGAACAAAAUCACUCCCAUCGUAACACUAUAUCACUGGGAUCUUCCACAGGUUUUGCAAGAGAAAUACGGAGGAUGGCAGAAUAUAAGCAUGGUCAAUCAUUUCAAUGAAUUCGCCAACCUGUGUUUUGAAAGGUUUGGCAAUCGGAUAAAAUAUUGGAUCACUUUCAACAACCCAUGGUCUGUUGCAGUUGAGGGUUAUGAGACAGGUGAACAUGCUCCUGGACUAAAGCUGAGAGGAAUGGGUGCGUACAGAGCGGCGCAUAACAUAAUCAAGGCCCAUGCCAAAGUUUGGCACACCUAUGAUACUCAGUGGAGGGGAAAACAAAAAGGGAUGGUGGGCAUCUCUCUGUCGGGGGACUGGGGAGAGCCGGUGGACAUCAGCAACCAGAAGGACAUUGAAGCCGCAGAGAGAUAUGUCCAGUUCUACCUGGGAUGGUUUGCCACACCCAUAUUUCAUGGAGACUACCCUCAAGUCAUGAAAGACUUUGUUGGAAGGAAGAGUGCCCAACAGGGACUGGGGACGUCCCGACUGCCCACAUUUUCCCCCCAAGAGAAAAGCUACAUAAAGGGGACGUGUGACUUCCUCGGCAUCGGGCAUUUUACCACGCGCUACAUCACCCAGAAAAACAAUCCAUCAGACCGCAGCAGCAGCUCCUACUUCACCGACCGUGACCUGGCUGAGCUGGUUGACCCUAGGUGGCCUGAUCCUGGGUCAGAGUGGCUCUACUCUGUGCCCUGGGGUUUCAGGCGCCUGCUAAAUUUUGUCAAGACUCAGUACGGAAACCCAAUGAUUUAUGUGACUGAGAAUGGAGUCUCUGAAAAGAUGUCAUGCACAGAGCUGUGUGAUGAGUGGAGGAUACAGUAUUUCAAAGAGUAUAUCAAUGAGAUGCUGAAAGCUAUAAAAGAUGGAGUAAAUGUGAAGGGCUACACUGCAUGGUCCCUGCUGGACAAGUUUGAGUGGGAUGAAGGGUACUCUGAGAGGUUUGGCUUGUACUAUGUGGACUUCAGGAACAGAAACAAGCCUCGUUAUCCAAAAGCUUCAGUUCAAUUUUACAAACGGGUCAUCGCCUCCAAUGGAUUUCCAAAUCAAAGAGAAGUUGAAAACUGGAGGAGGAAGGCAGUCGAGACCUGCUCUUCUAGCAAUCAGUUACUAGCUGCAGCUAGAAGAAAUUCCAAGGAACACACUGAAAUGCCAAAGGUUUGGCCAGAACAGCGGAGCACUGCUGCCAAUAUUCUAAGACUUAUACAUGACCCUUUGACCAGCCACAUGGAGAUGGUAACAGAGAUCGUUGUUCCCACUGUGUGUACGCUCUCUAUUUUGCUCAGUGCCAUCUUCCUUAUGUUCCUGCUACGGAGGCGGAACUGAAAAAUGUGCAUGUUUACAAUCACAGACAGAAAUAUACACACACACACAUACACGAUGUAAGUGCAUUUUUUAUGGGUUAUGUGUGAAUAUAAACACAGAUUAUUUUUAACAGAAAAUUUAAAGAGGAUUAUAGGAUUUAUAAAACUGAGGUGCAAAACGUGUUUGCUGAAAAACACAUAGGUUUAGAUUAUGAUAUUAAACCAAGAAGCAUUCAUCCAACUAUUGAGAAUCCAACUGUGUGUAUUUUUCUUUUCAAACAUUGUUGCUCCAAAUUCUCACAAGAUCUGUUAUACUUGGUGUUUUUUCUGGUUGUGUUGAAGAAAGCUCUUUCCACAUUUAUCCUAAAGGCCAUCUUCGGCAGUAAAUGUGUUAUUACAGAUGAGAUUAGGGAAAACAAACAAUACACAGGGUUUGCAGUUUGUUCAUAGAAACCAGUUAAGACGUAUAUAUUGACAGGAAACCCUCUGGCAGUCGAAGGUUUAUGAAGCAGCUGAAGUCCAUUGGCCCAUUAGUUGUGUUUAGCUGAUGACUGUAAAUUCAUGGAAAGCUGACGAGGCUGCAGGACAUCAUGGCAGAGAAGAAAGCCGGUUCCUCGCUGUCCCCAUUGACU